AUGGAGUGGAAUUCGACAAGUUUCAAUGAAACGCUCUUUAAUGACCCCGAACUCUGCACACUCGACACUUGCCCUCUAUCCCUGGCCUAUGUCAGGUACAUUCCCUCUCUAUGGGGCAACGCCUUCUUCCUGUCGCUGUUCGCGCUCAUUCUAGCCAUCCAGUUCGGUUUGGGGCUAUACUACAAAACAUGGACCUAUAUGAUUGCCAUGUGCUGUGGCUUGACUGGCGAGGUCCUUGGAUAUGCCGGGCGUAUGCAGAUGCAUUACAAUCCUUUCCCUGAAGAGCCGUUUCUUCUGUACUUGGUCUCUCUCACUAUUGCCCCAGCAUUCCUCGCUGCUGCUGUAUAUCUAUGUCUCUCUCGAAUCGUCAUUGUCUAUGGCAAGAAAAUCUCCUACUUCCGCCCCAAAACAUACACCUACCUCUUCAUUGCCGGCGACGUUAUCGCGCUUUUGCUCCAAGCAGCCGGAGGUGGCAUCACAUCGAGCUCAUCGGGAUCUAUGGGGCAGGACGGGAUCAACAUCAUGCUUGCCGGUGUAUCCUGGCAAGUCUUCAGUCUGGGCGUCUUCAUCGGCCUCUGCAUCGACUUUGCCCUGCGCGUCCGCCGUGCCUCUCCAUCCGACUUCAAUCCGCAGUACGACUCACUACGCGCAAGCCUUCAGUUCAAGUCCUUCUUAGUCUGUCUCUUCAUGGCGACAUUGACAAUCUUUGUCCGCUCCGUUUUCCGUUGCGCGGAGCUUUCUGGUGGGUUUCAGGGUGCCUUGGCCAAUGAUCAGGUCACUUUCAUGAUCCUUGAAGGCGCGAUGAUCUCUAUUGCCGCUUUGGCGUUGACUGUUUCGCAUCCGGGGUUGGUGUGGAAGGGCGAGUGGAGAAAGUUGGCGCUGAGUAUGAAAGGGGAAGAAGAAAAUCUCCUGGGACAUGAACGUAAUAAAUCCAUCUCUGGAAGUGAUUCGAGUUUCGUUGAGAUGAAUUUCAGGUCGAGUGAAAGAGACUUUGCAUAA